CCUCCGAAUGCGAUUAGGGGAACCGAAUUGACCGCUGCGACUCAAAUCAAGUGUCUGAUUGAUUUCGGCGACAUGUCUUGAUCUCGGAUGAGAAGAGCCAUUCGAACCGCUGCAUCACGAGGGGGCGCGCGCGCCGCAUCCACGCAACAAGCGCGCAACGGAAGGAUCCAGAGGUGAAAUGGCGACGCCCGCAGAGCCUUCCAAGAUGGCGGACCGACCGACUGCCGCCGAACCCGUUGUGCGGAAAUUCAAGGCCUCCGAGCUGCCUUUGCCGUCGGCCACUCGAGCGGCGAUCGAGUCCCUGGCGCAUAGCUUCAAGAAAGAAGGGGCGUACGACUCCAUAAGGAAGCAAGUUUGGGACAAGUUUGCAGCCAGUGACUACGAGGCCCAAGUUACAAAGGCCAUUCUCGAGGUUGCGGAGCAAGAAGUCGAGCGCAAUCCUCAUCAGCUUCUCACGCUUGACCCCAGAAAGGCCGCCGCUUUGAUUGAUGGCGCGCUGGAACGAUCAGGAGUCUACGACAAGGCGAAAGACGUCAUUGGGGAGCUGAUUGACGUGGCCGCAAUCGAGCGAAGCAUCAGGGAGACCAGGCGAGCCGAAAUUGGCGCGGAACUCGCCGACGAAGAGCAGAAGCGCGGCGCCAAGACGGACGAAGAGUAUGCUGCCGACACCGCCGCCAAGCAAGCCGAGCGCGAAAGGGUGCGAGAGGAGCUCAGGCGAAAGGAGGCGGCCAUUGAAGAGGAGAAGAAGCGUAUCGCCAGGGAAGAGCGCCGACGGGAAGAAAAGGAGCGAGAGAAGGCCGAACUCAAACGCCAGGAAGAAAGGGACGAGCGCCGCAGAAAGCGCGAGCAAGAGCGCGAGGAGAGAGAGCGACAGCGCGACUUGGAGCGUGAGCAGAGGCAUAAGGACCGAGAGAAGCGGGAGAAGGAUCGCGACGACGACCGGGAUCGCGAUCGAGACCGAGGUCGUGACAGGAGCAGGGACAGGACUCGUGACCGAGAUCGUGAUCGCGAUCGGGACAGGGACCGAGACCGAGACCGAGAUCGCGACCGUGACCGUGACCGCGAAAACGGAAGCGCCCGCAAGGAAAAGGUGGCUCUGUCUGAGGAGAUGAAGGAGAAGUUGUCCAAGGAGGAACACGAGCGACUGGAACAAGAGGCUUUAGCCGAUUUAUUGCGUGAAAGCAGCAAGUCGACCCGCAUCAAGCUGGAAAUGGACAUUGAUACUACACUGGCCCCUCCCCCGAGGAAGAUUGGUCCAGCCUCAGCUAUCAACCCGAUUCGACGAGACUCUUCCAAGACUGCGGAGUCUAGGAAACCAAUCGAAAGGAGGGACUCGAGGUCGUCUAUCGACCCGAAGCCAGCGGGACUCAAAGAGGAGCGCCGUUCUAGCCGAAGCGUAUCACGAACUCAUGACAGAGACCACGACAAAGAUCAAGACAGGGAUAGGGACCGAAGUCGUAUACGGGACGCUGAUGAGCGGCGCCGCCGUGAUCACCGUUCAGAUUCACCAAGACGCGAUCGGAGUCGCUCCCGAAUCAGAGAUAGAAGGGAUAGAAGCCGUUCGAGGCUACGCAGAGACAGGAGUCGAUCUCGGCGGCGGAGGGAUGACAGACGGGACCGAAGUCGCUCGAGGGCCAGGCGGGACCGAUCUAUUGCUAGAAGCACUUCGCGCCGGCGACUUCGAAGUCGGUCACGGCCUCGAUCUGCGCGACGCGAGAGGAGCCGCUCACGACUCAAGACUGAUCGCCGGGACCGUAGUAGGGACCGCAGUCGCGAUCGCCGAGAACGUUCGCGGUCUCACGGGCGCGCCGAUCGACGAGACAGGAGCCGGUCCCGGGCUCGACGACAACGCAGCCGGUCGAGGGACAGUCGCCGCGGGGGAGCAGAUUCCUACUAUCCUCCCAGGUCCGACGCACGUUCCCCGCGUCGCCGCAGCCGCGAACGAUCCGCCGAUAGAGACAAGGAUCGCAAAGACCGCGACCGGGACAGGGAACGAGACCGCACGAGCGACCGACGCAGCCGUUCACGCUCUCGACCCGGCUCGUCGACCCUGCCGCUCGCGGCAUCCAAAGACGAGCUGGAAGAGUGGAAGCUCGAGGAAGUCAAGAAGCGGGAGAAGGAGGCCAAGGCUUACCUGGCGGCUCAGAAGGACGCCAGAGAAAAGGGCCUGCCGAUCCCCGGCGUGGACGACAGGAAGACUAGUAGUGGUGAGAGAACACUUGCGAGCACGCGACAGAGCAUAAAAGGUGAUGGACAGGGAGUUGACAGAUAUGCCCCCGGAGGCCGCGACGAGAGACUUAGGAGCAGAUCGCGGAGCAACAGCCGCGAUAGGGCCCGAUACCGCGAACGAGACAGAGACAGCGUCAGAGACAGAGACCGCGAGCGUGAGCGGGACCGGGACCGGGACCGCCGAGCACCCCGCGAUAGAGACCGAGACCGGGACCGAGACCGGGAUAGAGACCGAGAUCGAGACCGCCCUCGUCCUCGCAGAGACCACAGCCGGGACAGAGAUCGCGACCGCGACGACGAUCGGGACAGAGACAGAGACCGCCGCGCCAGAAGAGACCGCAGCCUGUCCCCCCGCCGCGACAGACAUCGCAGCCGGAGCCGCCGUCGGAGUCGAAGUCGAUGA